GUUUUAAAUUAAUAGCUUCCGCUUUAUGUUUUACUUUCGAUUUUAUUUUUAGCACUAAUAACAACGGUAAAAUUUGUAACAAAGUUGUUAUCUAAUCUCUAUUAAUGUUAUAUAAAAGAAAGUUGGUUCCGUCCACAGUUAGGCCUAAUCACAUCGAUUAGAUCGGGUAUCUGCAGAUAAGCGCAGGGAAAUUGUUCUUCACAAAGUGUGUGACUGGACCAAGGAAGUACAUUCUGACACAAAAAGCCAUAAAGUUUUGAUUUGUAACCUUUUUUGAUUCGGAAGGAAAAAAAUUUCUACUUUUAAAACUUUUGGUAUUUAAACCAGGAAUUAUGAGGUCUUUUUUAAAGUUUCGACUUCUGUUAUGGAAGAAUUUUUUAAUACAGAAAAGAAAACCAAUAGCAACAAUCUUUGAAAUAGGAUUACCCACACUGUUUUCUUUAAUUCUGAUGACGCUUCGGCUGAGGGUUGAAAGCACACCACACCCUUUGCCAACAUACUGGAGCCCCUGCGAGUAUCGAAACUUAAACCCUAAUCUUACGGAUAAAAUACUUGCCUACAGUCCAUUUAAUGAUGCCACAAAACGGAUAAUGGACAGAGCAAAUCUGACGUUACGCCUACCCAUGGAUCAUUUUACAAGUGAAGAUGAAAUGAUUGACACCAUCACCCAAGUCAACAACAUUAACAAUGAGUCUUAUGCCUAUCUGGGUGGAGUAGUUUUCACCAGUGACUUCAAAAAUGUCAGUGGUACACAAGUGCCUGACAAAAAUGUGGUGUACAAGAUCCGCCUCAGGUAUGGGCCAUUGCUAUCUACGGGCAAACAGAAAGUUGGUAUCAAGAGCAACAUAGCAUGGUCAACCAAUUUCAUGUUUCCACCUUACCAAAUAGUUGGGCCAAGAGAAGCUAAAAACCCAUGUGAUGGAGAUCCUGAAUAUUCAAGAGAAGGAUUUCUAGCCAUUCAGCAUGCUGUAGAUGACUCACUAAUGAAGGAGUUCCUGACUGAUGAAGCUUUUGUAAAGUACAAAUCUACAAAUCUGAAACUCAAGCGUCAACCAUAUCCUCCAUACAAGGAAGACAACUACGUACUGGUGCUCCAGCAACAAUUCCCUAUGGUGGUCAUGCUGAGUUUAAUUGUAAUUGUCCUGGGCAUUGCAAGGGACAUUGUUUUGGAGAAGGAAAGGAAGCUAAAGGAGAGUAUGAAGAUGAUGGGAAUCAACAACUGGCUGCACUGGGUGGCUUGGUUUACUAAACACAUCCUGUUUCUGCUCAUCUCCAUCUCAAUCAUGACCUUGUUCUACUGUAUAGAGCUUGACCAUGAGAAGGGAGCUGUUAUAGCAGAAACAAAUCCUUUCAUCAUAUUUAUCUACUUUUUUUGCUAUGCUAUAGCUACCAUCACAUACUGUUUUGCCAUCAGUGUCUUCUUUGCUAAAGCCAACACUGGAGCAGCCAUAGCAGGGAUCAUGUAUUUUUGCAUGUACAUCCCAUAUUUUUUCUUGCAACAAAGAUACACAACUCUAAGUUUUGUUGCCAAGCUGGUUUCCUGUCUGGACUUUCAGGUGGCCAUGGCAUAUGGUGGUACAUUGCUGGGCAUGUUUGAGGGAGUGGGCUCAGGGAUUCAGUUGUCAACACUUAACUCUGGUGUGUCUGUGGAUGAUGACUUCUCAAUGAUGUUUGUGCUCAUCAUGUUGAUUGUAGACUCAGUCAUUCACUGUCUGAUUGCCUGGUACAUUGAAGCUGUUUUCCCUGGGGACUAUGGUGUCCCACAACCUUGGUAUUUCCCAGUUUUGAAAAGCUAUUGGGGAUGUUGCCAUUCCCCUCUAGACUAUACUGAACUUGAUGACGCUGUCAAUGUAGGGCAGGAUCCAUCUUUGUUUGAGAAAGAACCAAAUGAGCAUGCUGGGAUUAGGAUUAGAAAUCUUCGCAAAGUGUAUGGCAGUGGUAAGAAGAAAAAAGUUGCUGUUGCUGGGAUGACAUUAAAUAUGUAUGAAGGACAGAUAACUGCAUUACUGGGUCACAAUGGUGCUGGCAAAACUACUACAAUGUCUAUGCUGACCGGUUUCUACCCACCAACCAGUGGCACUGCUCUCAUUAAUGGAUUUGAUAUCCGUCGGGAGAUCAGUGAGGUCCGCAGCAGCCUUGGCCUUUGUCCCCAACAUGACAUUUUGUUUGAUAACCUCACAGUGGAGGAGCAUAUGAUUUUCUUUGGUUUGCUUAAAGGUGUACCCAGGAACCAGAUAAUGCCACAGUGCUCAGAGAUGUUGAAAGACAUGGAACUUUUCCCCAAACUUAAGGCCAAGUCAAAAACCUUGUCUGGUGGGAUGAAGAGGAAACUUUCUGUUUGUAUUGCACUCAUUGGAAACUCAAAGGUAGUAUUUUUGGAUGAACCUUCUUCUGGCCUUGACCCCAAUGCUAGGCGCAACAUAUGGACAGUUUUACAAAAAAAUCGAGCUGGCAGGACUAUGGUACUCAGUACUCACUUCAUGGAUGAAGCUGAUUUGCUUGGUGACAGGAUUGCCAUCAUGGCAGAUGGGAUUGUCAAGUGCUACGGGAGUUCUCUUUUCUUGAAAAAGAAAUAUGGAGCUGGCUACCAUAUGGUAGUGGUCAAGGAACCCACCUGUGAUGUAAAGAACAUCAUAUGUGUGGUCAAGCAGCACAUACCAACAGCUGAGUUAGAGAGCAACGUAGGAGCAGAACUCAGCUUUAUUCUCCCCCAAAACUGCGUGGAAAACUUUGAGGCACUUUUUGCAAAUUUAGAACAGAGACAGAGGGAGCUGGGCAUCAGCAGCUUUGGUGCCUCAGUCACCACAAUGGAAGAGGUCUUUUUAAAAGUUGGGGAAUCUGCUGCCAGUAAUGGUAAAGACAGAUUAUCACGGUUCAAUGAUAAGAGCACCAGCCCAACUACCACAAGUACCAGCACAGUCCCAUACAGCAAUAAUGGCAACCUUGAACACCCCAUCAAUCAUAGGAUAUACAGAGAGCCAGACAGUGCCUUGCUAGAUCUGUCUCAGAAUGAUUCCCCCUCAUCUCAACCUCUGAUUUUAAACUACAGGCUGGAAAAAAACACAGGCAUGAAGUUGUUUUUGCAGCAGUUUGUGGCAAUGUUCAUGAAACGUGCCAUCCACACAUUUCGCAACAAACUCGUCACCAUCAGCCAGCUUGUGAUUCCUCUCUUCUUCACUGUCAUGGGCUUAACAGUGCUUAAAACUCUCCCAUCCUUCAUAGACAUGCCUCUUCUGCGCCUUGUCCCAGAGGACUUUGGGAAAAACUACAUUCCUUACAGCACAGAUUUGUUUGAUGAGGACAUGGCUCAAACAUUUGCCCACCAGUUUAUGCCAAAAUCCCCUUCCAUACCAGUGGAUAUUUCUAAAGAACCUGGUUUUCAAAAUAAUUCCAAUGUUGAAGACUACUUAGUACAAAAGGGGAUGAAAGAUAUUGGAUUAUAUAACCUGAGGUACAUGCUUGCCUGGGAGUUCAACAACUCUUCCGUGACAUCUUAUUUCAACAACCAAGGGUACCACAGCAUUGCUAUCUCACUGACGGCCAUGUUUAAUGGCCUUGUCAAAUAUUUUACCAACAGUUCUGAUUACAGCAUUGAGACUGCCAACCAUCCUUUGCCCAGGCUUACUAUUGAUAAGGCUAACGAUGAAGCCAGUGGAAAAGACUUUACAGGAUUCACACUUAGUUUCAACUUAAGUUUUGGCAUGGCUUUCUUAGCCAGCAGCUUUGUUGUGUUCCUUGUGAGAGAAAGCACAGUGAAGGCCAAGCACAUUCAGUUUGUCAGUGGUGUUCACCCAGUCAACUUUUGGGUGUCAACCUUCUUCUGGGACCUCAUCAACUACUUCAUCCCUUGCCUGUUUAUCAUCGUGUCCUACUUCGCCUUUUCCAUAAGCAAUUAUACAGUUGACUUACAUUGGCUUCAGUUGAUAUUAAUUUUUCUUUUAUACGGCUGGGCCAUGUUGCCUUUCAUGUAUUUCUUUUCAUUUGCCUUUACUGUACCAGCUACAGCUUAUGUAUGGAUUACCAUGUUCAAUAUUCUCACUGGUGUGGCCACCCUCCUUGUUGUUGCUAUUUUAAGCAUUCCUCAAAUAGGCUUGGAAGAUGUGUCAAUAGUUCUAGAGUGGAUUUUCUUGGCUGUAUUCCCUAACUUUUGUUUAUCUCAAGGAAUGUUGCAAUUUUAUGAAAACUACCAGUUUCAAGACAUAUGUCGGCCUGUCUAUGAAAAUAAAUUUGCAUGUCCAUUGUAUGUCUUAAAGCAUCUACAAAAUCCAUGCUGUCCAGGAAUCUGCGGUGAUAAUUGUUUUUAUUACAACCAAAACUAUUUUGGUUGGGAAAAAAGUGGCGUUGGUCGAAUGUUGGUUUUUCUUGUUAUCCAAGGCUGUGUCAUGUGGACUUUGAUCUUUCUCUCAGAGUAUGGAAUCUUACAGAAGCUUCAGUACAUGAUGUUUCCAAGUCAAAAAGCUAUCAAUCUAUCAUCAAAGAACUACACCUCACAAAUGAGCAGAGACAGUGUUAUACAAGAAGAUGAAGAUGUGGCUAAAGAAAGAGAAAGAAUUGACAGCACUCCCCAAUCUACUCUCAUCAGCUCAGAGAAACUAGUGCUAAAAAAUCUGACAAAGUAUUAUGAUGACUUCCGGGCAGUGGAUCAUCUGAGUGUAGGAAUACCAGCUGGGGAGUGCUUUGGUCUUCUUGGAAUUAAUGGAGCAGGAAAAUCUAGUACCUUUAUGAUGUUAACAGGAGACACUUCAAUAAGUAGUGGGGAAGCUUUCUUAGACACUUAUAGUCUUAAAACACAGAGGGAAUUGGCUCGUAAGCGCUUAGGAUAUUGUCCACAAUUUGAUGCAUUGAUUGGUCAGCUGACUGGCAAGGAAAUUUUGACCUUAUUUGCACGUCUGCGUGGGAUUAAAGAACAAGAUAUACCUGAAGCUGUCAGCAGUCUGAUGAAUGCUAUGACACUGACCCAGUAUGCAGACAAGCAGUGUGACACCUACAGUGGUGGCAACAAAAGAAAGCUGAGCACAGCCAUAGCUUUGAUAGGAGACCCAGAUGUUGUUUUCCUUGAUGAGCCAACCACUGGGAUGGAUCCUGUUGCCAGGAGAAUGUUGUGGGAAGUUUUGUCUGAUGUUCGAGACAGCGGGAGAACUUUAGUCCUCACCUCACAUAGCAUGGAAGAAUGUGAAGCCCUAUGCACGCGAUUAGCCAUCAUGGUAAAUGGGCAGUUCAAAUGUCUGGGCAGCAUACAACACCUGAAGAACAAAUUUGGGGAAGGCUACACAUUUACUGCCAAAGUGGCCUACCCUCCAGAUGGGGGCCCACCCAACAUGGCCCCACUGAUGGAGUUUAUAAACAGCACCUUUCCUAGAAGUAAACUGACAGACAUUCAUGAGAACAUGAUCAACUACCACAUCACUGACACCCAGCUGACCUGGUCUCAAAUGUUUGGGGAGAUGGAGAGGGCCAGAGAAAGACUUGGCAUAGAAGAUUACCUGGUCAGUCAGACCUCACUGGAACAAGUUUUUAUUUACUUUGCUCGCAUGCAAGAAGACCAAGACAAUGUCAAAAGAAAAAGACAGGGAUGCUGUUGUUUUCCCUGUUCAUGCCGUCACAGUGAACCAUGAACCUGUACCGCAGUGUAACAUGAGGACUAGACUUAGAUGACGUUUUGCUCUCUUUAGUGUGAUACCAAAAUUUAUUUGGUCUGGUUAUGUCUUGUAAUACGUUAUAAAAAUGAGCAUAGUUCAAUUUUCCCACCAAAGCCUACUAGAUAUUAAUUAAAUAAAACUGCACAGAUAUGCAUGAAAUUAGCAUAUACAUUCCAUUGUUGUAGCUCUUUGAUCUCAAGAUGAUCUUGAAAGUUUUCAAGAUACUUGCUUUAGUGGAUGAUACUGUGCUUAGCAUUGACUUCCUGUGUUUGAAUUUGAAUUAGCAAGCAGCACACUAACAACUUCUGAACAAAAAAAUCACAACAUCACAAUGAUAAAACAUUACACCUACUUUAUGUAACAAGUUUCUUUUUCAUUAAAUAUAUAUUGUAUAGUUAUUUGAAAGUGUAAUCAUACAAAGUACUGACACUAUAAAAAAAAUUCAUGCACUAGUUUAUAAUUUUUUUAUUUAAAAUUGUUUUUGUAACAACAACUUCAUCUUGUUAUUUCUAAGAGCUUACUAUCAAAUUUGGCUUGCUUGCAUAACAAGCACAGAAAACUGUGAUAUAUUUUUUACUAAGAUCCACUAUGUUGAAAUAUAUACAUAGGUAAAUAUAGAUUUAUAUAUACAGUAAAUUUUAUAUUAUUUAUUUAUUCAUCAUAUGUAUUGUGAGUUUUUUUGUAAUUAACAAUAACUCAAGUAAAGAAAUGGUUUAAAUUGAACUAUGAUAUAAAUUUGGGUAUAACAAGGAAAUAUUUCUCUUACCCCUACUAACUACUAAAAGCCAAUUGAAAUUUUAAAAGCUGAAGUUUAAAGAAUUUUUUUUAAAAAUAAUAUUCAUUUAAGCCUUAACGUUAGGUCAACCCAGUUACUUCUUACAUUUUACUUCUCUUGUCUAACAUGACAAUCCAAUUGUGUAUAUUUACAUUCAUCUGGUUUUUGAAUUGCACAAAAAAUUAUGAGGCAGUGUGCUGCAAAUUAGGAGUAUUGAACUAAACUAAUUUUGUUUUCUUUUACAAUUUUGCUAGCAGUUUAAAAAAAAUCUUGUUCAUCACUUAUUUUUUAGUUUUCUAUAAUGAUAUUUUUAAAUUAAUUAAUGAAACUUGUGAUCUUGGCUGUUAAUAAAAUAAAUGUAAAUAGAUUUAAAGAACUUUAUUUAAUCUCCUGGACAAGAUACUUGAACAAAGGAUAUUUGUUACAUGCCACACCGGUGCUCAACUGUAAUGGAAAGACUUUUUCUCAUUGAUAUUUUUCAUAUGUAUUUAUCUUAUACAAAUUAAAUUUUCAGUUAAAUGGUAUUUUGUCAAUAUAAGAAUUCUUUGUCACUACCAUGUUAUUUAAAUAGCUUAUAGCUAUAUGUACCUUAAUAUAUAAUUGUAAAAUAGUAAUUUAAAAUUGUUGCUAAAUAAAAAUUAAAACAUG